AUGGCUGCGACUCCCACUUCCACCCGCACCUGGAUCCUGGCCAACCGUCCCAAGGGGAUUCCAACCUUCUCCAGCGCCGAUGCGAAUCCAACUUUCAAAUUGGUAGAGCGCCCGCUGCCUCCGCUGCAACCAAACCAAGUCCUAGUCAAAAUCCUGUUCUUCUCAAACGACCCGGCCCAACGUCCCGCCAUCGAUGCGUCCGUCAAGGCCGAGCGGCACUACACUCCGCCCGUAGAGAUUGGGCAGCCCAUGAUGGCGCGGGGGCUGGCAGAAGUGGUUGCCUCGACUGCCGACAACCUACCCAAAGGCACCAUCGUCGCGGUGGCUCCGGGGUGGACUGAAUACGCCGUCGUCGAUGCUGCCGAGUGCAGUCCCCGACAGCAACUUCCCGGUGGCUUGAGCAUCACGCAUUACCUGGGCGCGUUCGGCGGACCCGGCUUGACAGCAUACUACGGGCUGGUCGUCAUUGGUGAGGCGAAGAAAGGGAUGAGAGUGGUGGUUUCGGGAGCCGCGGGAGCAACGGGGAGUAUGGUAGUGCAGAUUGCAAAGAAUAUUGUCGGUUGCUCAGAGGUGAUUGGCAUUGCCGGCUCGGACGAGAAAUGCCGCUGGGUUGAGAGCCUUGGGGCGGACAAAUGCAUCAACUACAAGAGCCCGACCUUUGAAGAGGAUCUGAUCAAGGCCACGGACGGGUUUGUGGACAUCUAUUUCGACAAUGUCGGCGGCCACAUCCUCGACUUGAUGCUUGCAAGGCUGAAGCGGCACGGCGUGGCUGUCGCAUGCGGCUCCAUUUCAGGCUACAAUUCGACCGAGCCAACUGUGCUGCAAAACUAUUUCCAAGUGAUAACAAUGCGGCUCUCGAUCCGCGGCUUCAUCGUGACGGACUACCUUCCCAAGGCCCAAGAGACCAUCCAGCUCUUCGUGCAGGCGGUCAAAGAAGGCAAGUUGAAGAUCUCCAACGAGGAGAGCGAGCAGGUCGUCGACACCAAGUUCGAGGACGUGCCCAGGACCUGGCUGAAGCUGUUUGAUGGCGGCAACACGGGCAAGCUGGUCACCAAGCUGGUCUGA